GAAAUUUCUUUAUCACUCUUCUUUCCACUCUACUCGCGCGGAAUAUGUCCGACCGGAUCUCGCCGGAAGUUGUCGCCGAAAUUCUAGUCCGAUCAGAAUUACAGACAAUUCUGCGCUGCAGGUGUGUAUGUCAACAAUGGCGUUCCAUAAUUGACGAUACCAAUUUCAUUAAAUACCACAUAGAUUACUCUACUAAAACCAACACCAAUUACUCCUUUUACCUCAAAGAAGUUAACGGCGACUUUUACAAUUUAGACUUGGAUACUAUCAAUGCAUGCGAGUCUCUUGAAAUCUGCAACUUACCCAAUAUCAUUUCUGGGACAUUAAUUGGUUCAUGCAAUGGUUUGCUCUGCUUCCGAAAUGAGAAGUCUGAAGAUGUCUUUAUUGUGAAUCCAACUACUCGAAAAGAAUGCUGGGUUUCAGGUAUCUUGCUUGCUAAUUUUCAUAACAGCAGUACUAGAUUGAGCCCGGAUGUUAAUUCUGUUGUAUGGACAGGAUAUGGUUUUGGGUAUGAUCAUGUUGCUGAUGAUUACAAAGUUGUGAGGGUUGCAGAAAUUAGUUAUUCUCAUCAAAGAGUUGUUAAUGCUGAUAAUGGUAUUGGUAAUAGCAAUGCAGGUUUUUUAGAAUAUGAGAUGGUUAUUUGUUAUGUGAAAACAGGAGUUGUAAGAGUUCUUAAAAUGCCUUAUCAUACAAGAACUAGUCAAAAAGUAGGUGUUCUUGCUGAUGGGGCUCUGCACUGGGUAAUGGGUAGGUAUGAUGAUUUGAGUAGCCCUAAUGUAAUUGUGGGUUAUAAUCUUGGAACUUGUGAAUUUUUAGAGGUGCCACAGCCUGAUUCUGUAGGUAAUGGAUUUAGAGUGGAUAUUGGUUUAUUUGGAACAUGGUUGUGCAUAUUUGCUACUGAUGAUCUAGAUAUGUGCAUUGAUGUUUGGAUGAUGAAAGAAUACGGGGUUAAGGAGUCUUGGACUAAGCUUUGUUCAAUUCCACAUAUUGAAACAUGCUAUGAUUUUAUUAGACCUUUGAGUUUUUGGAAGAGAGGUUCAGAAGUUUUACUCGAACUGGACGACGCAAGAAUUGUUUGGUAUGACAUAGAGAAGAAAAGAGUUAGAGAUGUAUUGCUUCGUAGGUCACAGAAAUCAUAUUUUGAAACUAUCAUCUGUUUGAGAAGCCUUGCUCCCCUUCCAUCCAAUGAAAAUGGAGAGAUGGAUGAAAUUUAACAAUGUGUUAACAAUCAAAAGGAGACAAGAAAGAGGUAAAAGAUUGACACAGCUUGGGUUUUUGGAGACACAAGAAAGCUUUCCCAGGUAUUUUGUCUUUGAAGGCUGUAAUAGAUUGUAAUAUCUAUACAGCUAAGAGACCUAGAACUUAACUGGGAUGUAAAUAUUAAAUGUAAAAUGUAUCACCUUUGUUGCCAUUACAUGCUGCAAAACUUAAACAUCUAAAGGUUUCUGCUGUUUCUUCUAUUAUUAUUACUAUUACUUUGA